AUUCCAGCCUCCAUCAUCGGUUAGUAAUUUAGUCGUUAGAUCAACGUUUUCCUUUGUACAAAUUUAAAUUGGUGACCUUAAACUUUGUAACGUUGAGAUAACUACCCAAUCCCCUCAAUGUGAAAAAUAUUGUGGGACAUUGGGACUAGUAGCUUCAUUUUGAAGGGUCAUUUGAAGGGUCAGCAGCAUUUUCCUAUGUCAAGUGAUACAAAGUUUGAGUUCCCAUGUCACUAUGAAGUGUGAACGCCCUUCAUUAUUAAUCUUCCUUUCCACUCUCACCUUUUUUCAUUUCUUACGCUCAUUUCGUUCUUCACAAACAAAACCCUAUUUUUUUUUCUCGUUUCCUUCUCUAAGAAAAUAGAGUGAACUCAAAAAAAAAAAAAUAUCAAUUGUGUAAUGUCUCUUUCGAUACUUCUUCCAGAACUCAUAGACGACAUCUUACUGCGGCUUCCGCAGAAGCCUCUUGCAAGAUUCAAAUGUGUAUCCAAACACUAUAAUUCACUCAUUUCCGACCCUGAAUUCACAAAACUUCACCUUCAAAGAUUACCUAAAAUUUCACACACCCUAAUUAGCUUGGAGGAAGCGAAUACUUGGGUUAUAACUCCGAACUCAGUGCAUCAUUUACUUGAACACCCGUCAUCCAUUACCGAAGAAGAAGACGCUAGUCUUCGUUUUAACAUGAACGAGAACGAUUGUUUUUCAAUUGGCUCUGCUAACGGAUUGGUCAGUUUGAUCAGUGUAAAAUCACAAGAGGGUGGAAAUAAAGAAAUUUGUACUCAGUUUUGGAACCCUACUUUACGGUUAAGAUCCGAAGACUCACCAAAUUUGACUAUCAUGCCUCCGCCUUCUAAUGAUAAUAUGUUGUCCAGGGUCCACUUUGGUUUCGGCUAUGAUGAUUUAAGUGACACAUACAAGGUGGCAGCUGUGUUUUGGAAUUGUAUAGCACAAAAGAUGGAGGCGAAAGUUCAUUGCAUGGGCGAUAGUUCUUGGAGAAAUACUCUUGCUUGCCAUGAUUUUCCAAUUUUACUACAAAGGACUAUCGUUGGACCAUUCGUGAAUGGUAGUGUUAACUGGUUAACGUAUCAUAACUUAAAUUGUCAUUUGUAUGAAAGGGAAAAUGUUACCAUCAACCAGUUAUUGAUUUUUUCGCUUGAUUUGCGAAAGGAGGCAUGUAAGUAUAUUUUGUUGCCAGAUGCUACAACCGUAGUGUCCCAAGAUCUAUUAAAACUUGCUGUUUUGAGAGGUUGCUUGUGUUUUUAUUAUAACCACAUGAGAACCCAUUUUGUUUUGUGGGAAAUGAAAGAGUUUGGAGUUCAAGAGUCUUGGACUCAGUUGGUGAAUGUUAGCUAUGGUCAUCUUCAAUUUCGUGAGUUCCUUAAUUGGUUGUUGUUGCCGGUGUGUCUAUCCGAAGAUGGAGAUGUCGUGAUGCUAGUUUGCGAAGAAGAGGAUGAAGCUAUUAUGUAUAAUCAGAAAGAUGGCAUUGUUGAACCUGUUGAACUUUCUAACAACCAAAUUCGUUAUGCUGAGGAACAUAUGCAGAGCUUGGUUUUGCCUUGUCCUCAUCCACAUUAAUCUCGUAUGCAACAACUGUUUGUUUUUCUGAAUUUAUGUUAGGUUUUGCAUUUGGCAUGAUAUCUAUUGAUGGUUCUUUAAUUAUGUUUUCCUUAGAUAGUUUGACUAUUUUGCUGGAUGAUUUCAUUGUACUUAUUGCUAGUUGUUGGAUCAAAUUAUGUGGAUUGGAUGAUGUUAAUUAUUAUGAGUUAAGUUUAUAUUUCUCCA